GCCAUUGUAAUCAUGUCGGGACAAACGAGUGCAAUACAAGCACUAAUGCAUCUUUUAAAAUCAUAUAUCGGAUCCGGAAUAUUAGCGAUGCCUAAAGCUUUUAGGUUUAAAUAUUUUUUAUUCGGGGAUUAUUAUUGGUUGGCCGAAAAAGCAAUGAGUGAAGGACCAAAGUGUUUAAGGAAAUAUUCAAAUUUCUCACGUCUUCUAACCAUUGUGUUCCUCUUCACCGCUCAAAUGGGAUUUUGUUGCACUUAUUAUGUGUUUAUUGCAAAAAAUAUAAAACAAUUUUUAAUAAACCUGGAUUUGGAGCCCAAUUGGGGAAACGAUGAGUCCAUUCAAUAUUAUUUACUUGUAAUCCUACCGAUCCUUAUAUUAAUAAUUACAAAUACUGGUAAAAAACAUACAACUCUUUUAGGCAAUAAAGUGUCACAAUUUUUUAGUACAACUAUGUUUACAUACGAAGGAAUAACUGUUACAAUGGGUUUAUACCAGUCAAUGAAAAAUCGUAACAAUUUUGCUAAACCCUGUGGUGUUAUAAAUACUGCAAUCGUUAUAGUGAUGACAAUGUAUACAAUUGUUGGACUUUUGGGUUAUUUAAAAUAUGGCAAUGAAGUGGAGGCCAGUAUUACAUUAUCACUGCCCAAAGAAGCCAUUUAUAUGAGCGUACAAUUAAUGUACUCAAUAGCCAUCACAAUCUCAUAUCCCGUACAACUAUAUGUCGCCAUUCAUCUAAUUUGGCCCAUAAUUGACGACAAAUUACAGAAAUACAAACUCAAUCACUUGACUAUUCAUUUCCUUAAUUAUAUAUUUCGAGCUCUUCUCGUAAUAAUUACUUGUCAGUCAAUAUACAAUGCUUUGGCUGCUUUAAUCCCUAAAUUGGAGCUAAUCCUAGCACUAAUCGGUGCCGUUUCGUGCAGUACCGUUGCUAUUAUGAUACCUCCAAUUUUGCAUACAAUCACAUUCUAUGAAUUAACUACAGAAACAUUUCCUAAAAUUUGGUUGUGUUUAAGAAAUGGUGUGAUUGUAUUGUUUGGAAUGCUUGGAUUUGUGACCGGAACUUAUUUUAGUGUUUCAGAUAUUAUUCAAAGCUAUUCACAAAACCAAAUGGACUGA